GUGGUUGCCAACAUUCUCCAAAUCGUGGAUAUGAUCAAGUCGCCUCCGAUCGGCAUUCCGGAAGUCAUGCGCAUCAUUUCGCGCUUCCUGUUCGUGUUUACAGGCUUGCUUUUGACGCUGGCGCUCUGCUCAUUGUCCAUCAUGGAGGACUGGUUCCGAUUCCUCGUUGACUGGCGUGGUUUCGGUCUCGCUCUGAUGUAUCUUGGCGUUGUUUCAUUCGCCGCAUGUGCCGAUUCGCCCCCGCUGAGUCAAAGUCGGGAGACGGCGCGCCAGGUCGCGUGCUGGAUUACCAUUGCUGUCGGAGGCUUUUACUUUGUGCUCGGGCUUGGCGGCGGUGCGCGGCUGAAGCUGCGCAAAACUUCGCAGAUUUACGGCGCCCCGUUGCAUGAUGGGCCUGCCGUGAUUUCGGCGACGACUCCGGACGAUGACUUUUAA